CGCCGGCGAUGUGGUAUAGACGCCCGGUGUGUAUUGUCGCGCGAACAAACUACGCGUUUGUAACUAACUUUACUAGAUACAAGGUAAAGACGAGAGAAUUAAGCGAUAUGUGAGUAAUCAGCUAAUGUAUGCGUUUAAAAAUGAGACCAACAAAGAAUGACAAUGACGCUCCGCCGGUGUGAUAGCUUACCAAUACAUCUUAGAGAAGCACCAGUUCCGACGGAGAGCGAUACUCAAACACAACUAUCGAAAAUACCCGACACUUUGACUAUUCCGAACUUUCUAGAACUUCCAGACCGUGAUCAAGUUAUAGCCACUUGGAAGUCCCUUCAUACAGACGUCAAGAAAAUAAAAAAUGGAUUUCCUACAAAAAAUGAACUGGCAAAUCAUGAAGAGAACAAAAAAGAACCCAUUACGCAUAAUUACAUCCCAGCAUUCUCAUAUAAAAAGAGCUUGCGGAGGAAAAUUACUUAUAAUAAUCGACACGCCGGGGUCAGUUCACAGGAGGUCGACCGAAGUUCUUCAUUUCCUCUUGACACUGGUCAAGCGAAUAUUGAGAGUGGAACCAGAAUGGUACGAAGAAGAACACUACUACAACGUCUGCUGCCAUGGAAAACACAAGAGUGUGAUUGUCAAGAACGUUACAUACCAAAGUAUAAACCCAUACCUAAUAUACGCGCUGAAGACUUACUAUGUACUUGUGGUGCUAGUGCAAGCAGACUCAAACCUCCGGACAAUAGUAAAAAGUACGGAGAACGCGGUCGUUCCAAAAGUGUAGGCUAUGAAGCAGCACGAGAAGUGACUCAGUUCCGCCGGUGUGCAAGUGCUGGUGCUACGGUGGGUGCGGAGACAGCGGCGGCUUUGCGCGCUCGCGCCGCACUGACGUUAGCCCGCCGGUACUACCCUGAGGGUGGAUGGGGGUGGACUAUCACAGUCGUCGGCACCAUCGUUCAAGUAUUAUCACACGGCCUACAACUCGGCGGUGGCACAGGCGCCAUAGCAUGCACAGCUGCCGUUAAAUAUCGAGUGCCGCCUCUUUAUACUCACGGAUGCCUAGGCGCAUUAUCAGCUGGAGUGGCACUCGCGCUGUCGCCAGUCACAGUAGCGCUGUGUGUGCGCAAGUCAACCCGCGUUACCGCAGUAGUCGGAGGGCUGGUAGCCGCUCUCGGCUGUCUCUUUACAUCCUUUGCCACGCAAUUCCACCAACUCUUCUUCAGUUAUGGGACGGUGGUAGGUGUGGGAGUGGGCCUGACCCGAGACUGUUCUACACUAAUGGUGGCACAGUACUUCAAAAGAAGACGCGAGCUCGUCGAGAUCUUCGUCGUGAGCGGCAGCGGUCUCGGCAUCGCCGUUAUGUCCACCUUCAUCAAAGGCGCUAUAAGAGCAAUCGGUUGGCGACUGGGUUUGCAAGCUGUAACAGGAGUAGUAUUCGUAACAUUCAUAUUGGGCACCUUCUACCGAUCAGCCUCUUUGUACCACCCACAAAGAAGAGCCAUACUCCAUCUCAAAAAUCAGAAUAAAAUCAAACGGAAGAUGAAGGACAGGAACAAAAGUGAUGAUAGACAACCAUUCUUUGACUUCUCCACUUUAAAAUCUAAAACAGUCAGGAUUCUGCUCAUGUCAACAGGGAUAUCAGCAUUUGGAAUUAACACACCGAUAUUUUAUUUAGCGUACCAUGCGGAACAAGAAGGCUUAGGAGAUACAGCAGAACUGCUUCAGGCCUACUUGGGCCUAGCCUGGGCGGUGGGAUGUGCGGUUUUUGGAUUACUUGUACGGCAGAACUCGGCCGAAUGCCGAAUAGCCCGGCAAUAUUUAACACAAGCGGCAGUAUUUGUAUGUGGUCUAGCGACUAUGGCCCUAACUGCUGUUGAAGGCUCUUACAGGGGAUAUGUUAUGUUCGCUUGGAUCUAUGGUAUAUUUUGCGGUGGAUAUCAUUAUUCGUUGAAGAUGUAUACCUAUGAACGAGUUCGCUCUCGAAACUUCGCGCGUGCAUGGGGGUUUGUACAGUGCUCACAAGCUGUACCUAUAGCUAUUGGAGUACCACUUUCAGGAUAUAUAAACGUGGGAUGUGGUGGCAAGGCAGGCUACUACUUCAGUUCUACAUGCUCGCUUAUUGGUUCACUGUCACUCUUUUGCAUUGAUCUACAUCGGCGCAGCGUAGCGCAUAAACAAACCAAAGAAAAUGGCGGAAGUACACUGUGUGAGACGGUAGUGGGAGGAUCAACGCGUCGCAGCCACUCUCGCGAAAGAGAGCCUCGUACCGCCACGGGCGCCGCCACCGCUUUAGUUUUAGGAGCAGAAUUAAUAGCACCAGGCAGAACCGGUCGUGAUCUACUUCUGGACAGCAUUGGUCCGGGUAGCCUCGGCUCCCCUCCAACCAACAUACCCCCGGAGCUAACAUGCAUUAGUGAGGAGGGAGGGCUAGAUUUGGACCUGGAUUUAGAUAUACCGGAGCAUCUCUUAGAGGAUUUAGAUUGCGGCGGUGACUGUAUCACUAGUUGUAAUAAGGUUGAAAACUAUUUAAUGCUGAGCGAGUAUGAAAACAACCUGAUAGCGGAGCUUCCCAAUAUGAACGAGCGUCGCCACAGACGCUGGUCGAUAGUAAUGGCCAACUCAACACAGCAAUCCACCAUCCCAGAACAGCACUCCCCGGAGCAUACCAAAAACUCCAUCAAGUGGAAGAAAAAGUGCCAUAACGCAAACAACAGACUGAUCACAGUGAUUAACGAAGCGUCACUAUAAAUUCCUAGUGAAAUAAUAUUGAGACAAUAAAUAGAAAGUACCUAAUUGAUAGUGUAUGUACCUAUUUAACCUCAUUAAUUUAUUUGAUGUGUGUGAUGAGUAGUAUUUGUGUAUUGUUCAAUAUAAUUUA